AUGAAGGCCACGAUCCUCGCUCCCUUCCUCCUCGCCACGUCGACCCUCGCCCUCCCAGCUCCAAAAGAAACUACCGAACCCGCUCUCACCUGCUUCCAGCGCUCCACCCAAUUCAAAUCCUGGGACCUCACCUCCUUCACCUACUCCCCCCCCACCGCCGCAACCCCCACCAACUCGUCCGCUCCUUCCCGAGCCUCCGUUUCCUUCACGGUGAUCAACUCCGUCAUCGAUCCCCAGGUCAAGUGCGUCGCCGAGAGCGACAAGGCGUUCGACGGCGCGGAAAAGUUCAAGUGCGACGGCCCUCCCGUGGAUGAUCCGGCUACGUAUCAGGGGGGUGCGGUGGAGUUUUCGUUUGAUGCGGCGAGUGGGAAUGUCACACUGAUGCAGAGGUGGAUUUGCCAUGAUGAUCCUGUCUGGCCGUCUUAUUUGACCGGUGUUGGAUCUGGCAUUGCGGAUCUCUCGUGCCUUGGAGAGGGUGUCGUUUCAGGUGAGAGCGUGGAGGAUACGAGCGAGAGCCCUGGCUGUGCUGGGUUGACGGUGACGGUCAACCUCACCGAGAUCUCGGCCAUUGCUUGA